AUACUGCCCUGUCAAUCAUUUUCAUACACUGUCCACAGCAACGGGCUGUUAUGGACCGGUAUCGACGGACGCUAUAUGUUAUUAUGUUGUGCUCUACCAAGGGUAACAUGUCGACAGAUCAGGCAUACACCAUACCCCAGAGUUCAAGCACACCCAAGAAACCAUCGCCUCUGUAGAAAUCGGAUCUCUACUGGUAUAAUGUGAAAUUGCCGAGGGAUUUUUAUCAGGUGUUGUGAUCUACUGUCUGAUUGUGAAGAUGUGGAGCUGCCAGUAUUUUGCGUGGACAGUAUUGGUAUUGGGAGGAAUUCUUGGGACUGAAUCGGCCUCGCUAUCAGCCGAGCAACAGUCAGAGGUUGUUUCUGUCACUCUCUACAGACUUGAACCAGACGACUGGUCAAGCAAAACCGCAGCCUUUAAAACAGUUGUGGCCGACGGCGCCAAUGUCUACUGUGAAGAGUAUCCUUCGGCCUGCGGCUUCCUCUACUGGGACAUCAAUGCAGCGUUUGCGGGUUCGUUGGUGGGAGUGAACCAGGCUGUCACUGACAAAAAGAAUCUCAAGGUCUACUUCCAUAUACAGUUCAAUGCUCUUGCUAAUAUCUCGUCAGUCUCAAAGACACAAUUUGUCUUGAACUCUAUUGCAUUUAAGGCCAUUGUCCAGGGCGUUCGCCUUGACAUCGGUUCGGCAGUGGGUGUGCCUGUGACGUACGUAGACGAGGAGUUUUACGGCAUCCCUCCCGCUAACCUCGCCAACAGGGUCAUCAUCCCCGUCGCCAUCCUCGUCCUACUCAUCAUCAUCGCCAUUGCCAUCGGUCUCCACGUGUGGAACAAACGCCAGAAAAAGAACAAAAAGAGUCACGCGAGACGUGACCUGACGUCGGCGAAGGUGACGCCAAUUCACACCACCCACGGCGCUACUGGUAAACUCGUUGACACUCACAACAACUUGAACGCAAGUAAUGUAAACCGCACGGACAAGGGGGUGCACCAAAUGAAGGACAUUUUACCCAACACCACACAAACGCACCCGAAAAAACUCCCCCCUGUAAACGGGUUCAUGGAAGAUGAAACACAGCACCGCAACGCAGCACGAGGCACAUCUGUAGAAGAUACUGAAGGUGAACACCGGAAGGACAAGAAGCGGAGGAAGAAGAGGAAGAAGCGACAUCAUCGGGAUUCCGAAUCUGGUUACGAUCCCAAUCAAUCGGACAACGAAAACAACAGAACACAAACGAUAACGUCGCAGGAGCGACAGCAGUAUGGCAACGAUGCUUACGACAGUGACCCAUGUUAAAUACAACGUUAUUACAAGAAGUUGGGAAUGACACGUUCCUGGUAAAAUCUGAUAUGUUACAGAACCUGCUAUCGUAGCCUGUGUGCUGAAUAUUUAGGAUAAAGGAAGCUAAGAUAAGGGAUGAAAUGUUCUCUGUCAUGCAUAUCAGAUCCAUUCCAUUUAAGCUAAAUGAUAUGAAUUGGUUGGUUUGUUGUUUAACACCGCACUCAGCAAUAUUCCAGCUAUAAGGCGGCGGUCUGUCUAAAUGAUAUGCACAAGGCGAAAUAGGUAACAUAGUGAGUGAGCGAGUGAGUGAGUGUGGGUUUACGCCGCUUUUAGCAAUAUUCCAGCAAUAUCACGUCGGGGGACACCAGGAUUAACACUGUUCUGUUAUUGAAGUGCUUUAAAUACCUUUCGCUUUGGUUCAACUUCUAUACACAGCAAAGAUAUAUUUAUGUAUUAGCCAUGUAUACUCAAAACAUUAAUCAUAGCGUUAGGCGUUAUGCAAACUCAUAUUAACCCGUAGGUUUAUUAGUAGAACCAUUAAAUAUAUUGUAUUUUUUGCCUUUCUGUAGAAUGUUUUGUUCAAUACCGCGAAUGAUUGGUAACGGAAAUAAUUAGCUAGUCUGUAAACAACAUCUGUAACAUUUUACUCAGAUUAAAGUAAGGAAGAACCUAAUUGGAAAACCUACUGCAAUCAGAAAUGGCAUAUUGACAUUUUAAUUCUAUGUAAAAAUCUCGUGUUUUUUAACAUUUUGGAGUGGUUUACAAAACUGUGGAGAGAUGACACUGGACUGUCGAGGGUGAGAACCUUGUGAUUUUCAUCACAAACAACCAGAAAUGUUAGGUAGACGUAUACGGUGCAGUUUCGGUAAUCAUAAUCUUUAAUAUCAGGAAGGUCAGAACUUGUGCUAAUUUAUGAAUCUCACAAACACGAAUCAAUACUCAUUCUGAGACACACUGCGCACCGAAGUCGGUAUCAGACCCGAAUAUCAAGGAAUCAUGGAUAUCAAUGUUAAGAAGAACAGAGGUUUUACGUAAACCAUCAUUCAAUGUGUUUGCGUGCUAUUACCUGUGUAAAUACAAUUGGAUUUUUUAUUUCGUGCUUUUUAAUAUAUUACUUCUCCGUUAGAUCACGAUUUGUUUUAAAACCCCUUGCUUCGAUAAAGGUUGUUUGUCGUCUGUUUGUGCAACCUUACCAUCGUCAAAGCUGGUUUACGAUUUGUUCACAGUGUAUCCUAAUCCUUUGUUAUAUAUGUAACGAUAUCAUUACCAUCGCUAACUUCCUCAACACCCAUACCACGCUGACCAGUUGUAGCGAUGCCGUUAUAUGUUGUCUGAUACGUCUUGAUGUUCAGGCCACAGUUACUUAAAUUGUUUACGGAUACAUUUCCUUCAGAUGCCAAGCGAAAAAAAGGUGUUUUUUUUAAAGAAACCUCGUGGAUAAUAGAAUCACGACCCUUACCAAUCGACCUCAUCUAAUUAAGAUCUUUUACUAAGAUACGCUACCUCUUCCCAUCGAGUGAGAGAUCUGAUUUUAUGAGAUCGGUUAUUAAUAAAAACGAAUAAGGAAAAGGAUUAAGUCGUUAUUGGCACGACAUUUAAAUUUCUUUCCUUAUUCGAAUAAGUGCCGGACAAGGAUUGAAGCUUUCAGUCGUUACACUUGUUUUUGUUUUUUCUAAAGACAGCGACAUUUGUGUCAUACUGACAUAUCCGUUACUAAGACAACCUGGUGACGUCAGUAAUCACAUUAUGCAACAUGAUUAUUGAGAGUCAGUAUUACCGAUUAUCCUUAAUAUUUCAUUGGUUUUCUUUGUUAUGAAAUUGAAAGUCUGUGUACUUAUGAGCGUCUGUUUAACCAUAAAUGGCAUUGUCACUGUAGUCUAGUCGGUAUCUAGUCGUAGAGUAGCUGUACUUUGUUGUAGAUAUUUUUUAAACACAUAUUAUACACACAUUUUGAUGAAAUAAACUGCUCUCUUCCACGC